GCGGCGGCGGCGGCGGCGCGGCGGCGGCGGUGGAGGAGGGGAGGCUGCACCGAGGCGCAGCGGCUGCCGCACGGCGUUCGACGCAGCGGAGCGAGCCCACCCGCCCCGGGAGCUCGCCUCCCGGAGCUUCCCCUCCCUCCCCGCCCCCCCAGUGGCGCUGCCUCCUCCAAAUGAGCGAUUCGCCCGCUGGAUCUAACCCAAGGACACCCGAGAGCAGCGGCAGCGGCGGCAGCAGCGGCGGCGGCGGCGGGAAGAGGCCGGCGGUGCCGGCAGCGGUGUCCCUCCUGCCCCCGGCGGACCCCCUGCGCCAGGCGAACCGGCUCCCUAUCAGGGUCCUGAAGAUGCUGAGCGCUCACACCGGUCACCUCCUGCACCCGGAGUACCUGCAGCCGCUGUCCUCCACUCCCGUCAGCCCCAUUGAGCUGGACGCCAAGAAGAGUCCGUUGGCACUGCUCGCCCAGACCUGCUCGCAGAUCGGCAAACCCGACCCGCCGCCCUCGUCCAAGCUCAACUCGGUAGCGGCGGCGGCCAACGGGCUGGGAUCCGAGAAGGACCCGAGCCGCUCCGCCCCCGGGGCCGCCUCGGCGGCCGCCGCGCUCAAGCAGCUGGGGGACUCCCCGGCCGAGGACAAGUCCAGCUUCAAGCCCUACUCCAAGGGCUCCGGCGGCGGCGGGGACUCCCGAAAAGACGGCGGCUCCUCGUCCGUGUCCUCCACCUCGUCCUCCUCCUCCUCGUCCCCCGGAGACAAGGCGGGCUUCAGGGUCCCCAGCGCCACCUGCCCUCCCUUUCCUCCGCAUGGAGCACCGGUCUCCACCCCGUCCGCCUCGUCCUCGCCCGGCGGCUCCCGGGGAGGUUCCCCGCACCACUCGGACUGCAAGAACGGUGGCGGCGGCGGGGCCGGCGGCGGGGAACUUGACAAGAAAGACCAGGAGGCCAAGCCCAGUCCGGAGCCAUCCGCUGGGGGCCGAGGCAGCGGCGGGGACUCGGCUCACGGCGGCUCGGAGGCCUCGGCGUCAGGGCGCAAGUCAGAGCCGCCCUCCAGCCUGGUGGGGGCGGGCCACGUGGCUCCAGUGUCGCCCUACAAACCGGGCCACUCGGUGUUCCCGCUGCCGCCCUCCAGCAUGGGCUACCACGGCUCCAUCGUGGGCGCCUACGCCGGCUACCCGUCUCAGUUCGUGCCUGGCCUGGAUCCUAGCAAGUCUGGCUUAGUGGGAGGCCAGCUGUCCGGGGGCCUGGGCCUGCCACCCGGCAAGCCUCCCAGCUCCAGCCCGCUCACCGGGGCCUCUCCGCCCUCCUUCCUGCAGGGAUUAUGCCGUGACCCCUACUGUCUGGGAGGUUACCACAGCGCCUCGCACCUCGGCGGCUCCAGCUGCUCCACUUGCAGCGCUCACGACCCGGCCGGGCCCAGCCUGAAGGCCGGCGGCUACCCUCUGGUGUACCCCGGGCACCCUUUGCAACCGGCUGCGCUCUCCUCCAGCGCGGCCCAGGCCGCGCUCCCGGGCCACCCCCUCUAUACCUAUGGCUUCAUGCUGCAGAACGAACCGCUGCCGCACAGCUGCAACUGGGUAGCGGCCAGCGGGCCCUGCGACAAGCGCUUUGCCACCUCCGAGGAGCUUCUCAGCCAUCUGCGGACUCACACGGCCCUGCCCGGCGCAGAGAAACUUCUGGCCGCCUACCCCGGGGCCUCGAGCUUGGGCAGCGCCGCGGCCGCGGCCGCAGCCGCAGCCUCCUGUCAUCUGCAUCUCCCCCCGCCCGCCGCCCCCGGCAGCCCCGGGUCGCUGUCGUUGCGGAGUCCACACACUUUGGGGCUAAGCCGAUACCACCCCUAUGGCAAGAGCCACUUAUCCACAGCCGGGGGCCUGGCCGUGCCGUCCCUGCCCACAGCCGGACCCUACUACUCGCCAUAUGCACUGUAUGGACAGAGACUGGCCUCCGCCUCGGCGCUCGGAUACCAGUAACUACAGCUCUGGCCCCUCCCAGCCCUGCCCCACCCACCCCUUCCUCCCGCGAGUCCCACCUUCAGACGCUGCGACCUCCACUACUGCUUACCCCUGCCGGGAUCCAGCCCAGCCCCUCCCGCCGGACUGUGUAUUUAUUUACUAUAAUGUUAGCUUACAAGCUGGAAAUAUAAGUGCAUUAAUGGCCCACAUGAGUCAAUGGUAUGCAAAAAGUCUAUCUCCCCAAAUAAUAUUAACCACCCAGAUAACGGCACGACCCCAUUUCCCUCUCCCUUCUUUUUAUUUUGCUCCCCCUUAGGUGUAUAUUUUUAAGGUGGUUUUUUUUUGUUUGUUUGUUUUGUUUUGUUCUUCUGUUGUUGUUUUUGACUGAUUUGGUUCUAAGGAAUGAAGGGAGAGCCGGGGUCCUUCGCUUUUAGUUCCCCCCAUCUUGGGAAGUCUCUUGCAUGAGUCUUAACUGUUAAAACCGCAUUUCUUCCCUUUCCCUUCCACCCACUCUUGUUUCUUUCCACGUGAGGUUUUAAGUUUUUUCCUUUUGUACAAGAAUUGUAAUAAUUUUUUUUUGGGGGGAGACAAGGGGGACAACCGUGGUGGCCGGAGAUCUUGAGCUUUGCUGAACCAGGUCUCUAUAUGCACUUGGUUCUAGGCUCUGGCCCCUCAAAUCAGAUCACAGCCUUGACCCUCCAGGGUGCUCAGCUCCGGGGCCACCAGCGGGCUCCCCCUUGCAGUGACCCAGCGGCCUCCCACUGAGCCUGCCAUCCAUUCUGUACUAUCUGGCCCUUAAGGGACCCAUGCCUUGCCCUGAAGUCAGAUUGCUGGCUGAUGGGAACCUGACCCAUCCAAUUAAACGUCUCAGAAGGCCCCGCUGGCACGAAAUUGCUCUUUAUAUUUUGUGAAGUACUUUACCGUCAUUGUUUUUUUUUGUUGUUGUUGUUGUUGUUGUUUUUUUUUUUCUUUCUCUCUCUCUCUUCCCAGUUGGGACUGAGCCUGUCCCCUUCUCCGAUGAGGAGAGGGGCAGGGCGGGGGAUCCUUGAGGGCUCUCCCCAAAGUACACUAGUCCCAAAGUCAGCAGACCAGACAACAUCCGUAGCUCUGUUGGGGGCAGGCUGGGGACUCAGGGAGCCCUAGGAGCACAGCACUCCCUUCGCCCUGUCCCAGACCUGAGCCAGCAAUCGCCAAAGCUGGCAGUGGGUUUCCCUGGGUUCCUGCGGUGGCUAGGAUUAAAGACCUCUCCCACACCUUCCCUCCCUCCCAGUCCUACGCAGCAGUGCCGGGGCUGCGGGGCCUCCUGUGGGGUGAACAGAGCUCUCUCCCUUGCUAAGACUAUUUUGUUAAUAAAUGGAAUACUUGGCUAUA